UACCUGGAUAAUCUAACUCAAGGAACGGUGAGAAGAUGUGGUUUAUUUUUACAAUUUACAGUUUCUUGUUCCUGAACCUCUCUUCUAAAGUAUUGACCCAAAAUCCAGGGUCAGCUGCAGAGAGAGAUACAGAUUUUCCUCCAUUUUGGUCUGAGGUUAGUGAGAGUAUAGACGAUUUUCCAGUGCAGGAUAACAAAACCGUCAUUCAUGUCUGGGAUUAUGCACAUCGACUACAGUUAUAUAAAAUCCUUAUAACACAAUCAAACAAAUAUUUUAAGCAUUUUGGACGAGGUGAUACGGGCAACGUACUGUGGGCUCUAACCUUAACUUAUGGAAAGCUAUAUAAAUCAGAUAGAUUUUCAGACCCUUCCAAUACUUCUGUGUGUGCCUAUAAUGAUGAAUUCCCUGACUGUCUAUCGCCCAGCAGUGGCUGGGGUGGCAUAAACUUCUAUGUGAUUAUUCUGAAUUUUUUUGCUGCGAUUGAAUCAGGCUUUUUCACGAACGUAACACACGAGAUAGUUUUAUUACCUGGAGAGGAAAAUAAGCUUUACUUCUGUUAUUCUGUUAAGGAAUGCAGAGAGUCAUUCCCACAAGCUAUGGAUGAGGCCAAGAAGUUUUUUCAGUAUUUGCAAUCCAGGAGGCAAUUGGCUACUGUCAACAAUAUCACUGUGUAUAACACAAACGAAAACACGGCAACCCUUCUUAUGUGGAAGGCCCAUCGGGCAGCUAUCAACAUUGCAUUAUCAAUGUUCAGUGACAGGUCGUGGUAUUAUUCAGAAUCUGACAGAAGCUUCACCCUGGACUUUCACGUAGCCAUGGAGUUGUGUGAGGCUGCCAUAUACCGUGCACAUUAUAAUAGUUCAAAAGAAUUCCUUGUGGGUUUCCCACACAGGCUACUCAAUGAUGGAGAAUAUACAGUUUUUGUAAGAGAUUUCAGCAAAAGGGAAAAAGCACUUUUAGCUGCAGUUAUGGCCAUUUCUAACACAGUUAAAACCACAGGUGGCUGGUUAUCAAUGACUUGGAAUAUGGCUAUGAUAACUUCAGGUAUAAAUCGUGCUUUGGGACGUUUCCUUAUUAAUAAGCUCCUCUUAAUACCCAGAGGCUCAGAAUGAUUUCAUUACAAGUUGAAAAUUUUAAUUCCACAUAAAAAGCAAUUAAAUAUUACAGUUACUAUUUUAAAAUGAUUUCUGGUUCUUUCUGUCCAUUUUCUGCCAUUAUAUUUGAUUUACUGUUUAGUAAUGAUUUCAGCCUACCAGCUAUGUACUUAACUGAAA